UGUCAUCUCUGUGCCAACUCUUUUACUGCACUCAGAAGCAUCUCCUUCCUCCUGCUUCUCUCCCAACCUCCUCCUGUGACUUCUCCUCUUCCUCUCCCUUCUCCUUCCUAUUCUGCCACCUACCAUUGAUAACGCCAUCUCUCCCUCUCUCCGCCCUCGCAUCCAUGCCCAUUCCCAUCCGCUUCUACAAAUCCAAGGCGCCACCACCUUUCCUCCAAGGUCAGGGGCAGCACUAGGGUUUCAGGGCAGGAGCCUCUGCGAACCGAGGAAGAUCCAUUGCGGCUUAGAUCUGAGCCUCCGUGGCUUUACGACUUCUCGGCUCGUCUUCUCUUGGGCUCCCGCUGUUAAUUGGAUCUGGUGAACUGAGGCAAAUGGUGCCGCAGUAGCUUCUUGUGGCGUCUCUUGACGUAGAUUCUUCGCUUUACUGAGUGUCGGACUGUAUUGGACGUAGUUCGACGGGAUUUUGUGGAACCGGUGAGGUAACCGUGGAAAUAUUCGAUUUUGGCGGAGAUCUGGAAAUUCAAGAUCAGACUGGAAGCUUCUUGGUGAUGAUACCUAAAUCCUUAUUAUUUUCAAUCAUGAUGAAACUCUUGCCCUGAGGUUUAUGUCCAUUUUGAAGUAAAUGUCUUCAAACAUAAUUACAAUCCACUUGAUAAUGAUGAUGAAAAACUAUUAAAUGAGAUUUGCUGAUAGAAGUAUGUCGUCUCUGAAGGAACAUUUAUAUGAUAAAACUUUUCUUUUUGGACUUAAGCUAUGGGUUGUAAUUGGGAUAGUGGUUGGGGUGUCCAUAUUGGGUGUUCUUUCGAUAUUAGUUAUAUGUCUUAAUGCUAGGAGUCAGAGGAGGUUGCGAAGGUCUUCCAACAAUCUUCCACUCACCCAGAUACCAGCAAUUUCAAAGGAAAUUAAAGAGGUGAGAGUGGAACAAGUACCAGCUAAUGAGUUCGUUGCACGUGAUGGGGUUCUUCUUACACUUCAUGACAAAUCAAAUGAAAAAGUGUCAGAUAAGGUUAUGGUCCAUUUGGGAUUUGGCAAAUCAAGGCAUGCAGAUGAAAAAAGUCAGUCAGGCUCUUUUCAUUACAUAGAUAAAGAUGGUAGUUGCCAUUCUGGUGAUGAAGGAAGUUCAGCCAUAGUUGCCACACGGAGACAAUCUUCUUACCCUAUAACUGCUCCGUCACCUUUGACAGGUCUCCCAGAGUUUUCUUACCUUGGUUGGGGUCAUUGGUUUACCUUGAGGGACUUGGAAGUUGCGACCAAUCGAUUUUCAAAGGAAAAUGUACUAGGGGAGGGUGGUUAUGGUGUUGUGUAUCGAGGACAACUCAUCAAUGGCACUCCAGUAGCUGUUAAGAAGCUUCUCAAUAAUCUAGGUCAAGCAGAGAAGGAAUUCAGAGUGGAAGUGGAGGCCAUUGGUCAUGUUCGUCACAAGAAUCUAGUCCGUCUGCUUGGAUAUUGUGUUGAGGGUACUCAAAGGAUGCUAGUUUAUGAGUAUGUGAACAACGGAAAUUUAGAGCAGUGGCUUCAUGGAGCUAUGCGUCAGCAAGGUUCUCUCACUUGGGCGGCUCGUAUAAAGGUUCUUUUGGGCACUGCAAAAGCUCUUGCUUAUUUACACGAGGCAAUUGAGCCAAAGGUGGUGCACCGAGACAUCAAAUCCAGUAACAUAUUGAUUGAUGAUGAAUUCAAUGCUAAAGUAUCUGAUUUUGGUUUGGCCAAGCUGUUGGGGGCUGGCAAAAGUCAUAUCACUACUCGAGUUAUGGGUACCUUUGGGUUAGUACUCUAUACUCUUUUCUGCCAAAAUAAAAUGUUAAUGAAUAGGUCUUUUCAUGAACUAGCAUUAUGGACUUUUCUUGUUUGCAGUUAUGUGGCUCCUGAAUAUGCUAAUACCGGGCUUUUAAAUGAAAAGAGUGAUGUAUACAGUUUUGGUGUUGUUCUUCUGGAAGCGAUUACAGGGAGAGAUCCUGUUGAUUAUGGACGCCCAGCAAAUGAGGUAAAUCUUGUUGACUGGCUCAAAAUGAUGGUUGGGAGUAGGCGUUCAGAAGAAGUUGUAGAUCCAAAUAUAGAGGCAAAACCAUCAACGAAAGCACUUAAACGUGCUCUUUUGACAGCUUUGCGGUGUGUUGAUCCUGAUUCAGAGAAGAGACCAAAGAUGGGUCAGGUUGUCCGAAUGUUGGACUCCGAUGAGCCAAUACCACGUGAGGACCGAAGACAUCGUCGAAACUGUGCAGGAAACACGGAGAUCGAUUCUCAGAGGGACAGCUCCGACACCGAUAAAAGUGACAACCCAGAUUCUAGAUACAGCAGUCGAAAGAACCGACCGGCUUCAAGCAAAUGAAGCUUUCAAAAUCCAAGACGACGUCAUCUUCUGCUUCAUUUGUUUCAUUCUUUAAACCGGCUGCUUCCCUAUGCUGCAACAACUGAUAUUUACUACAUUAAUCAUCUCUUUAGACUACCACGGAUGGAGUUCGAAUCAAGCAGCUGGAUUAAGGAAAUGUUUUCUUACCAUAUUUUAUAUUUUUCAUGGACAAUUAUUUCGGCAGAUGCUUGUACUUAAAAAUAGUGUGUACAUGCUUUUGGUUAUUUGAGAGAUGUGUUCCUUACCUACAA